AUAUCUUUUAAACAAAGAUUAUAAUAAUAAACAAUUGUUAAACUAUUGAUGAAUAAACACUAAAUGAUUGUAAUUUGGAUUUAACUCGUCAUUGCUGAAUACUUAAAUUUCACAGAUUAAAUUCCAUGUUUGCGCAAAAAUAUUUAGUUUACUCCAAUUAGCGUAAAAUUUAAGAAGAAAAAGUAGAAUUUAAAAGUUAUGCCAGCCGCUGUGCUACAGCAACCACCGGCCCAUCAGUUGUGUGGCUUAGCAAAUUGUCAUCCGCAAUGGAUGCAACGGUUCGCCAAUACGAAAACGUUUAUGGCUGUUUACAGUUUAUUGGGCACCACGCAGGCCAUGGCUUAUAUGUAUUUUGUGGUCACACUAACAACAAUUGAGAAACGCUUUAAAAUUCCCAGUCAAACAACAGGCAUUAUACUCAGCGGAAAUGAAAUUUCUCAGAUAUUACUCUCACUAAUACUCUCGUAUAUUGGAGGGCAACGUAAUCGGCCGCGUUGGAUUGCCUGGGGUAUCGUAUUCAGCGGUUUAUCCUGUUACAUAUUAGCUUUGCCUCAUUUCAUUUAUGGCGCCGGAGAAGAUGCUUUAAAAUUAACCAAAGAAUAUUAUGGCGACAUGGAAGAAGAUAACAUUAAUGUGACUAUGUCGUUGGUUAAUUACACUCUGAAAAACUCUCAACAAUUAUGCGGCUCCACGAAAUCGAAUCAGGAAUGUGAAACAUUGCUAUCGUUUGUACCGUUGAUAUUAAUAUUUCUAUCGCAAUUUGUUUUGGGUAUCGGUAAUACACUGUACUAUGCUUUGGGUCAAACCUAUUUAGAUGAUAAUACAAAAAAAACGAAUACACCUUUAAUGUUGGCCUUGGCCAUGUGCUUGAGAAUGUCUGGCCCAAUUGUGGGAUUCUUUUUCGGUUAUAUUUCUUUAAAUAUGUUUAUUGAUCCGACUAAAACACCUUUAAUCGACAAUAAGGAUCCACGUUGGCUGGGAGCCUGGUGGUUCGGUUGGAUGAUCUUGGGUACUAUGAUGAUAUUAUUUUCCGGUUUAAUUGGCUUAUUUCCCAAAGAGCUACCUAAGAAAGUCAACACUAAAGUAACAAAUUCUGAGAUACCCCGAGUACUGCUAAACGAUCAUACAAUGGAUGAUGACCUAGGAUUACCUUUAGGCAGCGCUUUCUCUUCGAAUACCACUUUAGAUGUGCUGCCAGCGGGCACCUCAGAUUUACCAAAACUAAAAGACUUCCCUGCAGCCUUAAUGCGUUUGUUGCGCAAUAAACUUUUAAUUUACAACAUCAUCUCAGCUAUUUGCUAUAUACUGGGUGCUGCCGGCUAUUUCACAUUUCUUACGAAAUAUAUGGAAGUUCAGUUUCAUAAAAGUGCUCAAGGUUCAACAAUUGUAGUAGGACCCGCUUCGGUGGUAGGUUCAGUUGUGGGUUUAGUGGCUUCAGGUCUGGUUAUAUCAAAACGUAAACCUUGUGCUAGUAAGGUUCUCUUCUGGAAUGUUAUAGUGGGCUGUGUCUAUAUACUGGGACAAAUAUCGUACAUGUUUCUCUACUGCAACGAUUCAGUGAUAUUAGAUACGCAUGGAAAAUUAAAUCUCACGAGCACAUGCAACGCGAAUUGUUCCUGUAAAGAUGUCGCUUAUGCGCCAAUAUGUCACGAACCGUCAGAAAGAGCUUAUUUUUCCCCUUGCCAUGCCGGAUGUCGCUCAUGGAAUUCCGAACAUAAAUACUAUUCGAAUUGUUCUUGCCUAACGGCGGAUUUAAUCACCGAGAGUCAUAAACAAUUUUCAAGAAAUUAUGUUACUUCUACAUCGUCUACAUUAGACUCAUACUCAACCGCCGUAACGAGCUUAUUCUCCACCGAUCUACCAUUAAAAAAUGAUUUAACUUCCGAAAAAUCUAUUCCAGGCAUAAGUCUAUCCACUAUCAAACUCAAACCAGGUGUUUGCCUUCAAGGUUGUAAUACGGCGUUUUGGGCAUUUUCCAUAUGCACACUAAUAGUAAAUUGGUUCGGUUCGUCGGGUCGCAUUGGUAAUAUAUUGGUUAACUACCGAGCUGUCUCUCCGAAAGAUAAAUCAUUUGCUCAGGGCUUAUCAUUGAUGAUGAUAAGCUUAUUUGCUUUAAUACCGGGUCCGAUUGUAUAUGGUCGAAUUAUAGAUUCAACUUGUUUAGUGUGGACUAAAACAUGUACUGGCACUGGGAAUUGUCAACUUUACGAUCAGACGACAUUCCGUUAUGCCGUCAAUCUAUUAGCGAUUGCUUUAACUAUUGUUGGGGUCAUUUUUGAUUUUCUGGUUUGGUCUAAUGGUCGUCACUUGAAUUUGUACAGCGACCAAGAGGUGCAAAAUAGUAGAAAAAUGCAUAGCAGAGAUAAACCUAUCACACCGUUGCUAGCGAGAAAAUGA